CCCCACGAAGUCUUGUGGGACGAUGAAAAGAAAAUUCCUCUAAAUGAAGAGUGUCUGGUGUCGUUAGGGAAGAAGUGGAGAUGCUUGGCGGAACAAAAACAACAGCUGUCCACUUCACUGGGUCUUGCUCCCAGUUGCGCCCACCCCCACCCCCACCCCCGUGUCUGGUGCAGACCUGGACACAUAGUAGGCUCUUCCUGAAUGGGAAAUGAACGGUGUCAGAGAGAGAACUAACGCUACCUGCCAGACAGUGAGCAAGCGUUUCAAUGUUAUUGCAGUCAGUCUCUCACAAUUCUACAAGUACAUGUUAUCUGUGUUUUUCAAAUGAGGAAACUAAGACCAAAGAAGUAACUUGCCAAGGUUACUCAGUGAGCAAGAGAAACAGCUAGGAUCUUGAAAAUGGACUGUACUGCUUUCCUUCAGUGAGAAACAUAAUGCUAUUCUCCAUGAGAAGCGUACCUUAUGUUGAGUUUUGUUUUAUUUAAUAACACCCCUUUCUUCCAUAGCAUGCUUUUUUAGGUAACAGUGUCUUAGAGAUACCUCCAUGUUAUCCACAGUAGAGGACGACCAGUAUUGCAUGAAGUUCAUAGACAUUAAGAACCAGAUUUCUUGAGGGGUACCUGGAUGGCCCAAUUGGUUGAGUGUCCGACUUCGGCUCAGGUCAUGAUCUCACAGUUCAUGGGUUUGAGCCCUGCUUCAGGCUCUGUGCUGACAUCUCAGAGACUGGAGCCUGCUUCGGAUUCUGUGUCUCCCUCUCUCUCUUUGCUCCUCCCCGACUUGUGCUCUCUCUCACUCUCAUGAAUAAAUAAAUAAAUAAAUAAAUAGGAACCAGAUUUCCUGGGUUGGACUUUGAACUCUGUUUUUUACCAUAAAUGUGAUCUAAGGUAAGUUUUUAAGCUAUCUGUACCUCUCUUUCUUGGAAGCAAGGAUGAUAUUAUUUACCUAUGUCCUAGGGUUAAUAUGAGGAUUAAAUUAGUGAACACGUAUAAAGUACUUAGACUAAUAUCUGAUAUGUAGUUAAGUGCUAUAACAAAAGAACAUUACUUGUUCUUUUUUAACUAUUGCAUUGCCCUCCACAGUAUGUAUGGACUAUAAUAUAUGUGAUCAUUCCUGUAUGAAUAGAAAUUUUGUUGGUCGCAAGGUUUUGGUAUUAUAGACAAUGCCACAAAGAACAUUCCUGUUGUGCCUCCUUGUGCACAUGUUUGUCCACAUAUCGGUUCAAGGAGUAGAACUGCUGAGUUAAAGGACAUUUGUAUGUAAAAGUUCUAAUUUUUAUCUAUUGCAAUGGAUAUCCACAGUACAAAUGUCAAAAUGUGCGAAAGGUCAUAUAGUAAAAGUCUUUCUUCCCACUCCAUGUGAUAUCAGAGAUGUUGAUUAUAAGGCUUUUAAAUUUCCUUUAUACUAAUUUAUACUUCUGAUGCUAGCCAGGACCUAGAAUCUGAAUCGUAAAUUUAUUCUCUGGCUGACACCAUCAUCAUCAUCAUCAUCAUCGCCGUCGUCAUUGUCACCUUUAUAAAUUUAUUAGGAACCUUAUAAAUGAUAUUAGAUAGUUCAUUUUACCUAGCCUUCCCUAUUUCAUUGUCCUGCUUUAUAUUACUUAAUUUUGUCUCACUCUUUUUCUAAGAUUCUAAGUGCUUCUUAUUUUUACACAAGUCCCUUAGUAAAGAGCACAUAGAUUUUUAAAACAAAAGAUCUAGAAUAAAAACACUGUUUUGCCACUUAUUUGCAUUAUGUAGCCUUUGCUAAGUUAAAUUCUCUGAGCCUAUAAAAUGGGAACAAUAAUGUCUACCUCUGAGAUUAGUAUUGAGUUACAUAUAUAAAUAUAAAUAUAUGUGUCACUCCCUACAUGUCAGGUACUUUACAUGCACUAUCUCUAACUCUUGAAGUAGUCACAAGCAAGAUUAAUAGGAAGGCAAAUGCAGCAGACUAUGAGAAAAUCAAGGAGAUAGUAGGAGAUGGACGCGGUGUAGAAAAUCACCAAACUAAGACCUGAACUUUGAGUUGGAAGAAGUUGAGAGUGGUGGGUAUUGGCAGGAAGCGUUUAGGCAGAGCCAGAAAAGCAUGUGUAGAGGUCCUGAGGUUACAGAAAACUUAGUUACUCAAGGAAUUGAAAGAAAUAGAGAAAUUUAGGACCAUGGAAAAUAAGGGAGAGAGUGAUAGCAGAUGGGGCCAAAAAUAAUUAUUUUGAAUUCCCAUCUUUCCUUUCUGGUUUUGGAGAGUGUUUUGUGUAGACGUGAUUGUUCGAGCUGUUCUCGCCAUCUUUCUGCCCUGAGAAAGACACUGGGAUGGCAAGAGGCUGGACACUUGAAGACAUCACUGAACUACUGAGCCAACUCUGGAAGUGCUCACCUCUGGACUAAUUUAUCUUAUUAGAUAAUAAAUAUCCUUAUUGAUUAAGGCAAUUUUAGUUGAGUAUACCGACCACUGAAGGCAUCUUAACUGAUUAUAUUUAAUGAAAGAGGAAGAUCACACAGGGCUUUGUAGAUCAUAUUAAAAAUCUGGAAUUUAAUUCUAAGGGUUAUGGAGAGCCAUUAAAUGUUUUUAAGCAUGUGGUGAAUUUUGCUUUUCAAGAGAUCACUUUAGUUGCAAUGUGGAUAAUAGAUUGAACAGUGGCAAUAGCGGAGGCAAGUGUAGGAGAUACAAACUAUUGCAACAGGUAACACAAGAGAAUGCAAUGAUUUAAAACAUGUGGUUGCCAUGGGAAUAGAGAAAAAUGAACCUGUUCAAGAGAUACUGAGAGAUACACUGGAGGCAGAAUUGUGAAUUGGGAUUGUGAUUGAUUCGAUGUGAAUGAGGAAAAGGAAGAAAUCAAGAUGGCUCCCAGGCAUCUGGAUUGAGCAACCAGCUAGAUUGUAGUGCCAUUUACUAAGACAGGGAUAAACAACUGGAAGUAGAACAGGUGGGAGAUUACUAUAAUGAGUUCAUUAUUGGACAUGUUGAGCGGAAGGUGCCUGAAGCAACGAGGUGGUUACGUCAAGUAAGCAGUUGGACAUCUGAGUGGCUCAGAAUAGAGAUAAAGACUUAUGAGUCUUUGGAACCCAGAUGGUAACAGAAUCUAUGUGAUGUUUGAGAUUCUUAGGGAGAGGGUGAGGAAUGAGAAAAGGCCCUACAACAGAAUCCUAGGGCCUCCAGCACUUAGUUUUUCCAUGGAAAAUGAAGAAGCCAGUGAAGGAGACUGAGAAGAACAGUCAGAAAGAAAGAGGGAAAGUCAAAGAGUUUUUACAAAGAAGGCGUGCUCGACAAAGAAGGCGUGCUCAACACCUACAAAUGCAGUUGAGAAGUCAAGGAAGAAAAAGACUGAAAAGAUUCUGUUGGAUUUAGCCACAUGAAGGCCACAGGUGACUGGUGAAGAAGCAACUUUUAGACAGAUGGAAGUGGAGUGGUUCAGUUCAGAACCCAGUUUGGACUGGAUAAAGAGAGGAAAAUUCGGAAAUGGAGACACAGAUGGUAAAGAAGCAGGUCAAGAAAUUUGGCCUUUAAGAGGACAUAGGGCAGGAGCUGAGGGACAAGUGGAAUCAAGGGAGGGUUUUGUUUUUCUUUUAAAGAUAAAGAUGGCUAUCUUUCCUUUACCUCUAUAUCCAAUUCAUUAGGAAGCCGCUUUAGGUCUUUCUCUUAAAUGUAUCCCAAGUCUGUCCAUCUCUCACCUUCAACCCAGAUAACUCACUGGUUUCAGCCACCAUCAUCCUCACCUGGAUUAAUUCAGUAGUCUCCAACUGGUUUCUCUGCUUCCAUUUUUAUUUUGUUCUUGUCUUUUUGAAAUCAUAAGGCAGUCAUGGUAAAUGAAAUCACGGUUUUGAAAAAGAAUCCAAACUCUUGGUCUUGGCUUAUGAGAUUGAGUAUGUAUGAUCAGACUCUUCUAUCUUACAUCCCAUCUACCCCACUGUCCCCCUGUGUUCUGGCUCCACGGGCUUCUUUCUGCUCUUUGUUGCUUUCUCACUCACUGGUCUCAGUGCUUAGCAAGCUUCUUCCUACAUCUUUGAAUGGCUGACCCCCUUUCAUUAUUCAUGAUUGCUCAAAUGACUUUUUUGCCUCAUCCAAAUAGUCUUCUCUGACCUUCUUAUCCUCCCCAUCCCCAUCCUCAGUCCUGGUUUACCCUAUGCAUGGCUCUUAUCAUCUGAAAUGAUCUUGUUCAUUUAUUUGUUGAUUAUAUCUUCUCAUUAAAAUUAAAGUCUGGGGGAAACUGGGUAAGGUUUAUAGGAUUAAUAUGUAUUACAUGUAUUACUGCAUGAUAUAUGUGUGUAUUAUAUAUUACUAUGUGUUAUGUAUAAAUGAUAAGCAUGUGAAUCUGAUUAUCUCAAAAUAAAUGUUUUCGGUUUUGUUUUUUUAAGUAAGUUCUGUGAAAACUGGCAUUUUGUCUCCUUGUUGGGAACUGUGUCACCAUCACCAGAACGAAGUGUGGCAUACAGUGGGCACUAAAGAAGUCUUAUUAAAUGUGUGACUUAAUAAAUGAUAUAUUUGGUCAUGUCUAAAAGAGGAUGGGGCGAAGAGUACCAACAAUAGCAGGAGACCCUGAGCCAAGGAAACCCGGGUCGUAGAAUUUAGCACUAGAAUCCUUGUCUUACAGUUGAAAUUCGAACCCGGGUUUCCAGAACCCUUUCACCGCCCCAUACUACCUCUCCAUUAGUGGAGUAUUGAUUAGAUGACUGAAGUCCUGGCGACACUCGAUCAAAUUUCGUCUUUGUAGCCUAUGGUGAUUCCCACCGUGCAGGGCAGAUAGGACCAGCACCUUACGUGUGGGGUCUGGUUCCCAUAAAGCAUGACCAGGCCCGCACUCUCUGUAACUUGCAAGACUGGGUAAGGAGGCUGUGUGCAAUAGCCUGGAAGGCUCACUGAAGCGCAGGUCCUCAGCUCUGCAGUUGAGGUUUCAGGUUUCAGUUCUCCCAGGAGCACGAGAUGUCGCAGCGUGCACGGUGCGGCUGCCGCCUCCGCCUCCCCGUCUCCGCUAAGGCUGCGCUCGAAAGCCAGCUCCAGGCGCGGCCGCGCACACUCUUCUGCCCUAGACGAAGGUUGGGCGCCGUGGCUGAGGCUGCUGCUAAGCUGCCGUAGCUGGGCGCGCUGGGAGGUGGCGAGCACAGCUGGGCCGGGACUUCCUUCCUCUACCGCAGGACAACAAAACAACCCGGCAGCAGGCACUGAACUCUUGGCAGCUGUCUGGGCGAGAGGCGCAGCCAUGGGCUCCGUGCUUAGCAGCGAUAGCGGCAAAUCCGCCGCCGCCUCGGCCGCCCCGCGGGCCCUGGAGCGCAGGGGGGACCCGGAGCUGCCCGUCACGUCCUUCGACUGCUCCGUGUGCCUCGAGGUGUUGCACCAGCCCGUCCGGACCCGCUGUGGCCACGUAUUCUGCCGUUCCUGUAUCGCUACCAGUCUAAAGAACAAUAAAUGGACCUGCCCUUAUUGCCGGGCAUAUCUUCCUUCAGAAGGAGUUCCAGCAACUGAUGUAGCCAGAAGAAUGAAAUCAGAGUACCAGAACUGCGCUGAGUGUGACAGCCUGGUUUGCCUCAGCGAAAUGAGGGCACACAUAAGAUCUUGUCAGAAGUAUAUAGAUAAGUAUGGACCACUGCAAGAACUUGGGGAGACGGCAACAAGGUGUGUGUGUCCAUUUUGUCAGAGGGAACUGGAUGAAGACAGCUUGCUGGAUCACUGUAUCACUCAUCACAGAUCAGAAAGGAGAUCUGUGUUCUGUCCACUCUGCCGAUUACUACCUAAUGAAAAUCCAGGCAGCUUCAGUGGCAGUUUAAUAAGACAUUUGCAAGUCAAUCACACUUUGUUUUAUGAUGAUUUCAUAGAUUUUAAUAUAAUUGAGGAAGCUCUUAUCCGAAGGGUUUUAGACCGGUCACUUCUGGAAUAUGUGAAUCACUCAAACACCACAUAAUUUUAUUCAAAGGAAAGGAGAGGAGACCAUUCAAUUGCACCAUUUGUUAAGAUGCUGCUCGAACAAUUGGAGGGAAAUUGUCAAUGUUCGAUGGGCAAAAAUGUACAACACAGUUAUAUGUUUGUCUAUGUUUAUUGUUAUAUUGCAUUUUAAAACUGCUUUCAUUGGGAUGGUUUAAAUCUGUUUUACAUUCUUGACUUUCUUAGACACUUAACAAAAAAUAGUCUCCAUCAGCCACCAAGGUAUAGAAGAAAACAUGAGGCAGGAUAUGUGGGUGAACGAUCUUUAUUUGCAAAUUGGAUGAUACUAUGUGUAAUGCUAUAGAUUAAUAACUAUCAUCAUAGUUGGGCAAGAUAACUUAUAUUUGUUCUAUGUAAAAAGAUGGAGAAUGAAACCAAGUAUGGACAUUCAAGGAAACCUGAAAUCUGCUCUAGUGCUUAUCUAAUCUCUAACAGAAUAAUAUGGGUAGCCUUGUAUCAAAGUAGGAAAGGAAAAUCUUGGAAGUCAACAAAGUCCGCUUAACCAAAUUAUAAAACAUAAUACUGUAAACAAAGUAAAUGUGUUAACAAUGUAUACUUAAUCCUUUGACUUUUUAUAACUAUGCACAAUAAGAAUUUAGUAUUAUAUUUUCAAAUAUUUGUAGCUUAUUAUUUAGAAAUAUUUCUAUAAUAUAGGUAAUUUCUUAAGGACCUUUAGCUGAUAUUUAUAGAAGUGUUCAUAUUCAUAAUUUUUAGUGGAAAAUCCUAAGGGCUUUGAUUUUUUUUUUACUUUUAUCUUUUAGAAAAAAUAAAAUAAAAUAUAAAUACUGAAAACCAAACAGAAAAUGUAGGAAACAGUUUUAGAACUCUGCCAGCCACUCUGGAUGUCCUCUGUGUAUCCACUCACAGUUAUUAGCUGUCUUCCACAGGAGUAACCACUACAGUGAUAUCAACACCUAAGUGUGUAUUUUUAAUCUGUAGGUUUUUUCUUUUCCUUAAAAUGUAUUAUUAGUUAAGAACUUGGUCUGGAUAGAGUUAUCCACAGCUUGUAUUUUGCUGUUUGCAUACUCAUGGUGCAAUUCAGCAUGUUCCUCUUUCCUCUGAAUAUUGACACAUGGAUCCAAAUAUAAUAGACUCAGGUUUAAUCCUUUUUGGCAAGAUUAUAGGUCAUGGUGUGUUCUUUCAUCAGAGGGCACACAAUGUCUGGUUCUCUCUUUUCGUGAUGUCUCCUGAAAUUGAUACUCAAUGCCUUGAUCCAUUGAUUUAUUGUGAGUUGGAGGAUAUUCUAACCCUAUCAUUUCUCUUUCAUUUAUUAGUUGGAACAUUUUUAUAAAGAGAUGUUUCCCCACAUCUACUAUUUGGUUGACCAACGGUCAGAUUUGUAUAGGAAAGGGAAAGUAAAUGUUUGUAUUUUCCCUUUAUUUACUAAUUUUCAAGAUAAUAAACUUGUUUCCUAUUUCUUCCAGA